CCUUUUUUUUCGUUUAAUAUGGCAUGUUCAAAGUUAUUUUUAGGAGAUUUACCUGAGUUAAUAAGCAAAGUUAUACAAUAUUUUCGUUAUAACCAUAAAACAUUACAUUCAUGUAUAUUGGUUAAUAGAUUAUGGUGUCGUUUAGCAAUCCCAUUAUUAUGGGAAGAUCCUUUUUCAAUUAAAGAUCCUAAAAAUUAUCAUUUCAUUAAAAUUUAUUUACAUUAUUUAAAUGAUGAUGAUAAAACGAAAUUAAAUGAAUAUGUAAUUCAUAAUGAAUUAUUUCCUACAAAUACAUUAUUUAAUUAUCCUAGUUUUAUUCAGCGUUUAAAUACAUACAAAGUUUGUUAUUCUGUCCAAAAGUGGAUUGCAACUGUUAAAACUUCAACAACGAGCAAUGAGCGAUAUUUUGUACGAAAUACAAAUUUAACAUUUAUACAAAUAUUAAACUUUACAAAAUUAAUAUACAAGUCAUUAUUCUUAAUAUUCAUUGAAAACAAAGUAAAUUUGCAUAGUUUUGAAGUUACGUUGCCUAAAGAUAUUGAUAUUGAUUGGUUUGAUGAGAUUUUUGAAUUAAUUUUACAAAAUCCGAAUUUCAUUUAUAAUAUUAAAAAUUUUGAAAUUAAUUUGUAUAUAAUAACUGCUGAUAACAUAACAAAAUUUUUAAGAGUUGUCUACUCUAAUUGCUAUUCAAUUUCAUCACUUUAUAUUAUAGUUCCAAAGUAUUAUGAUAUUUCUACUUAUUCUAUAAUUGAAAAAAGUUUAUCACAAUUAAUUAAUUCUCAAGAAAAUCUUCAAAAGAUUUCAUUCGGUUUUAAUAAAUUCCCAUUGUAUCAUUCAUUAUUAUCAUUAAAAAACAGGUAUUAUGAUAUUUCUACUUAUUCUAUAAUUGAAAAAAGUUUAUCACAAUUAAUUAAUUCUCAAGAAAAUCUUCAAAAGAUUUCAUUCGGUUUUAAUAAAUUCCCAUUGUAUCAUUCAUUAUUAUCAUUAAAAAGUCAUAAUUGCUCAAACACAUUAAACACAAUUAUCUUUUACUAUGUCAAUUUUAAAGAUAUAAUUGUUUUAAAUGAAGUAUUCAAUCAACUGAAUGUCUUAGAAUCAAUUCAUAUUGUUUGUUGUUAUUCCUUAGAUUAUAAUUUUAUUCAACAAAUUAGUAAUGUUAUUAGACCUUUUAAAUUAAAAUCUUUAUUUUUGCAUGAAACAUUACAAAUUGAAUCAUUGAAAUUAUUAAUACAAAAAUCUGGUAAUUAUCUAGAAAAUUUUGGAAUUAGUUUUGGAAUUACAGACAAUGAAUCACAACAACUACUACCAUUAAUUAUAAAAUAUAGUAGUAAAAUCAAAUAUUUGGAAACUACUUGGUUAGAUAAUGAGAGUGUUUAUUUAUUAUUUAGUUUAAUUGAAAACAUUACACAAAAUCUUAGUUACCUUAUAAUUAAUUAUAUUGAUUUUAAUUACUUUGAUAGACAUAAUAUUAGUUCAAUUAUAUUACAAAAUUUAGGACAAAUUCUUCCUCUUAAAUUAGAAUAUUUGAAUCUAAUUCUUUCAGUUAAUACAAGUGACUUGAAAAUUUUUUUAGAAAAUUUUCAAAAUACUUUUAUUAAAAAAUUUCUAAUUAGAAAUACAAAGAAUGAUGAAAGUCAAGAUAUUUUGCCUUAUAUAAAAGAAUACAUUGUAAAAAAGAAAAGAGUUAAGUAUUUGGCUAUUUCAAAAACUUUUUAUGGAGAAAAUGAAGAUUUGUUUUUUCAGAAAGAUGUAGUAAAGGAAUUUCAAUUACAUGAUAUUCAAGUUUUAAAUUAUGAUGAUUUGCUUAUCGAUUUUUAUAAUUUUAUAAAAGAAGUUGAUUAG